AUGUUGACGAUUGACGGUGUGAUUCGAAUUGUUGCCGGACAGCAAAGCAGAUUUGGUUAUUUCUGUGUGGGGCAGUAUUUCAUGCAUAUAUGGACAAAUAUCCAUAGGUAGUAUAAAUUAAAAAAUAAAUAAAGCGCUGAAAAUGAAAAUUGAAAUAGUUAUGUAAAUGCAUUAUUGGUCAAUAAGCAGAAGCCAUAAGAACGAGACUUGUGCGCGCAAAUUCAAAUUCAGUGAAAUAAACGAAUACUUAUACAUUAUAGUUACAACAUAAGAAUUCCGAAAUUUGCGGUAAUGUACAACUCAUUAAAAUUUCGUUUGCCAUACAACAUACUGCAACAAUGCUUCAUCAAAAUAUCUCGAAUCACGUGCGUCCACUUUUAAUGCUUCUUGUCGGUCUUGUAAGUGGUUUUUGUUUCUCGCAACUUUUACGCAGUACAGAUUGCGCUAUUAGACUGAGUUUCCCUAGCGGCAAUUUCCUGGGUCGAAACGAAGAAUAUGAUGAUCCAGCAGCACUAUAUACAGCCGAAGAAAAUUUGCAAACACGAGUUUCCAAUGAUGACAACUCGCUCGCUGAACAGCUCUUCAAUGCGACGCGAGUUCUAUGCUGGGUGCUUACCAGUCCAGCUAAUCACGCAAAGAAGGCGGUUUAUGUGAAGAAAACGUGGGGUAAACGUUGCAAUCGGUUACUUUUUAUGAGUUCGGAGACCGACGAAAAGCUGGGAAGUAUAAAACUGGUUGUUAAGGAAGGGCGUGGCAAUUUGUGGAACAAAACAAGGGAGGCGAUGAAAUACAUUUACGACAAUCACUUUGACGAGGCUGAUUGGUUUCUGAAGGCAGACGAUGAUACUUACGUCAUAAUGGAGAAUUUGCGUGCCUUUUUACACCCAAUGGACAGCAAGACACCGGUCUAUUUUGGCUGCAAGUUUAAGAAGUAUGUUACACAAGGUUACAUGUCUGGUGGCGCGGGUUACGUAUUGAGUAAAGAGGCCAUGCGGCGUUUCGUCCAAGUUGCAUAUCCAAAUAAGAAACUUUGUCGUAAUCGUAGUGGCGGUGCUGAAGAUAAGGAAAUGGGCGCUUGCUUGCAGAAUGUGGGUGUGAUAGCCGGUGAUUCGCGAGAUGAACACAAACGUGGACGUUUCUUUCCACUCGGCCCGCAGGGGCAUCUCAUACCGAAUGACAAAUCGCAUUGGUACUGGCGUUACAUCUUUUACAAAACCGACGAUGGUCUUGACUGUUGUUCGGAUUACGCAAUAUCAUUUCAUUAUGUUCAACCUCACUAUAUGCUUGUACUGGAUUACCUGAUAUACAAUUUGCGUCCGUUCGGGGUUUUUAGACAUACCGAAGCACUGCCAGCGAAAUGCAAUAUGACCGAGUUAUUGGAAAAGUGGCGGAACGAGAAAUCUGAUAAUCCUUUAUAAAUUUUUUGAAGGGAAAUAUGGUAGACAUAAGUAUCGCAGUAUUGAAUUGAUACAUAAAAUAAAUGUGUGUAUAUGAGAGUGAAAAAUGUUCACAUGUAGACUUAUGUAAGCUUAUGCAUAUAUGUACACACAUACGUAUGUUAUAAUAAACUUUAAAAGUGCAUAAUGUGGGUGCUAAAUUGCUAAAUAAAAGUGAUAAAUUGUGAUUAGAAGUUUAAGGUACAAUAACUGAAUAAGAAUAGGUGCGCCAAAUCGAUAACUUUUUGUGCCAAGUGUCUUAAAACUUGGAAACUGAAACUAUUUAAGCCUAUUCUCUGUAUAUGUAUGUAAUAAGUUUUUAUGUUCAUAGCAAUAUUUAUAAAAAAAUAACUUAUACUACUUUUAAAUAAAACUAUUGUGUAUUGGAUAAGAUUUAAGUAAGAUUUACUUAUGCACUUAACUAUUUAGAAAAUGCCUGACUAAAUGUCAGAACAUACAAUUAUUGUAUAUAGAAUUGUAUUUACAAAGCCACGUGAAAAUAAUAUUGUUCAUAUGCAUUUGUUAGCUAACAUCAAAUCGUACAUAUAUAUGUACUAUGUACAUGUGUAUGUAGAUGCAGAUAAAUUAGUUCGUUUAAACAUUUCGCGACCUACACCUGCAUUACUCUAUUUCUAGAACAAAUUACGUAACUUAAAAAUCAUUCCAAAAUUUUUACAAGUUAUGCUGCCCAUUGUAAGUAAUUUUUUUAUUCAUCAAAACAUGUUAGGAAAUUUGCUACUGAACUAAUAAUGGAACCAAAGUCAAAAAAUAUACACACAUACAUAAAUAAAAUGAAAAAUACCUUA